UCAGGAGAUCCGAACCCUCCAUCUCUGCUUACCUCCACUCCCACCCGCAUCCCAACCAGUACAACUGCACCGACAGGAAACGCAUCACGCGCAACAUGACCAGGGGGAGGGACCUGGACCACAGGAAGUACACCUUCUUCCUGUCCCCAGAGUCCUAUGACACCACCCUGGACUACCACACACCGGGUGGUGUCAUCGGACCCCUCAGAGGGGGCGGGGCUACGUCUGGAGGUGGGCGUGUUCUCCUCUCUGUGUCAGUACUUCAGCGAGAGCGACAAGCAGUGGAAGACGGACGGCAUGGUGCCGUUACCGGAGACCAACGCCAGCCGCGCCUUCUGCCGCACGCGCCACCUCACCGCCUUUGGAGCCAGCCUCUUCGUACCGGCCAAUGCCGUCACCUUCAUCCUGCCGGAGCGUUCGGGCGUGGCCAGUCUGGUGGUCCUCCUGACGUGUGUUCUGGGGUUGCUAUGCUACGGCGUGGCGGCGGCCAUCUUGCACAAGCUAGACCAGGUGUGUCUGCGCCGGGCGGCCGUGGUGCCGCUCUGCAGCCCGGACGGACCCUUCAAGUACGAGGUCCAGGUCAAGACUGGCUGGAGCCCGGGGGCAGGCACCAGCGCCCACGUGGGCAUCAGUGUGUUCGGGGGGGAGACCCGGAGCGGACACCACCACCUGGACUGCAGCGGGGCGUUCACACGCAACACCCUCGACAUCUUCCACAUCGCCACGGAGACCAGCCUCGGAAACAUCUGGAAGAUCCGCAUCUGGCAUGACAACAAGGGUCUCUCCCCUGCCUGGAAGCUCCAGUACGUCCUGGUGAAGGACCUGCAGACAGGAAGUAGCUACUACUUCCUGGUGGACGAGUGGCUGUCUGUGGACAACGAGAGGACGGACGGACGCGUGGAGAUCGAAGUGGAGGCGUCAGCGGAGGCGGAGCUUGUGCGCUGGCCCCGCCCCCUGGUGUGGGAGCUGCAGAGGGCUCUGGCAGAGAGCCACCUGUGGGUAUCUCUGUGGGAGCGCCCGACCCGCAGUCCCUUCACCCUCCUGCAGAGGGCCACCUGCUGUGCCCUGCUGCUGCAGCUGUGCAUGCUGGCCAACAGCCUCUGGUACAGCUGUGUGGCACACACACACCUCGGCUUGGUGUCCAGGCGGGUGUCCGUCUCCUGGGAGACCCUGCUGGUGGGCGGAGUCAGCUGCCUGCUGGUGUAUCCCCUGUACCUGCUGGUGCUCACCCUGCUCAGGAUGAGCCGCAGCCAGUGUGUGUCCGUGGAGCAGGUUUCUCCGCAGGUGGAACAGGAGUCGGUGGAGAUAGAUGACUUUCUGGACGACUCCCUGGCAGGAAGUUCGUUCCUCUUCCUCAACGGACUUCCUGGAGAGUCCUACUCAGAGGAGACCAAUGAGGACCCCCCCCACCCCUUCCACUAAAAGUAUGGAGAGCUGGAGCGAGACUGAAGAGGACGAGGAUUGUGAUUGGCCGGAGCUGUUGAGUGACGCGUCGGUGGUGGGCGGGGUGGGGCUGGGGGCGGGGCUUCCCAGGCUGAAGAGGGGUCAAGGUAGUAGACACUUGGGCGUGGGACAUGACCUUUGACCCCGACGAUGAAUGCAACCAAUACUUCACCUCCUCAGACGAGGACCUGAUCAAGCGCAUCCUGGCGGAGGGUCAGCUGCAGCUGUGCGACGCCCAGCAGCUAUUCUCCCAGCCUGACAGCGACCUGGCUGACCUGUCCAGUAUCUUGGGGGAUAAGACAGAGGUCAUCCUCCUGCAGAAGCUGAGUGACCCUCUGACCCCGGGGGGGGGGGGAGGAGAAACCCCCCGAAGACGAAGACCGCCUUCACCUCCAACACAGUUAUAACUGAUGUGUGUCGCCCGAGGCGGUUCCCUGCCUGGUGUGGCCGUGCAACCCUAUGGGGGAGCUGGGCGGGGCUUGUCCUGGCCAAUGGGCUGUCUAUGUGGGCGGGGCGAGGUUUCAGCUGAGGGCGUGGCCAUGAUGUGGCUGAUUUCCUGUAUCGGCAGCUUCCUGACUUCCUGUUUCCUACUGGAGCCAA